AUGAAGUUCCCUACUACCGGCCAGCUCCAACAAGUCCAUCUAGGGAUCGGCUCUAAGAGGUAUGAGCCUGUGGCUUCGUAUCAAGGAAACAAAACAUUGUACACCCAUGAACAUGAAAUCCUGCAGUCCAGUAUACUGGGCCUCUGCCCCGAACAUCUGUGGUAUCAUGGGUCCAACGCGGCUUUAUGUCCCCGUCCCAUCCUAAUCACAAACGAGCAUCAACGACAGCUCGAACAACUGCACAACGCUUUAACCACCGCCAUCGUGGAUAUUGUAAAACGAUGGUGGACGGACCUGGAUGCUCGCUUCCCAGAGCGCAUGCCUCUAAUGAAAAAUGAAGAAGACCUCCUGCGGUGGCUGGAGAGUCAGAAUUCACACAACGGGGUUCCUUACGAGGCUAGGUUGGGCUCUUGGAGACCGGACUUUCUGGUCGGGAGCUACAGCGAUGGACCUUCAACGGAAACCUACCGUCUCACAGAAAUUAAUGCACGGUUUUCUUUCAACGGGUUUAUGCACCUGGCAUACGGACAAGAAGGGCUGAGCGAUCUCGGUGCAGGAAGAAAUGGUCUCAUCCAUGCUACUGAUUCUUCAAAGAUCUUGAACGGCCUGCUCAGUCUUUUCAAUCCAAGCCGCCCAUUGCACCUGCUUAAGGGCGAAGAGCCGGGGAUAGAUAUCCACAUGUUUAUCGACUUCGUGCACCGCCACAUUGGAAUCAGGCCACGGCUGAUCACACCAGCAGAUCUUAGGUUAAUUCCUGAUCCCAAAAGCCCAGAUAGGGGUAGGCUAUGUUGCUUGGUAAGAGACCAAGGCCAUACUAGGCUUAUUAAUGAGUCUCCUCUCCUUCUCACCAGUAAUGGUGAGGUUGUGGAAGAGAUACAUCAGGUUGGUCUAGAGCUUCACCAGCACGAAUUAUUCGGUCUCUCACCUGAGAUACUGCAUGAAGUUAGCCUACGCUGCUUUAAUGACAUGCGUACUAUUCUCCUUGUUCAUGAUAAACGAAUGCUUGGUAUUAUCAAGCAAGAGAUUCCGUCUCUGGUAGCACGGGAGGUAUUAACACCGGCCCAGGGAGAAGCCCUUGAUGCAGGCAUCGCAGAUUCUUUUAUCCCUGGAAGCCCAGAACUGAAUGAACUCAUUCAGACUUCGGCAAAAUCCCCGGAUUUAAGAAAGGAAUACUUGCUCAAGCCGAUUCGCGGAGGUAAGGGGGCGGGGAUUCUAUUUGGAGAUGAAGUCGGAGCCGACGAGUGGCUAUCGACUCUUGAGCGUCUCCGCAACCCUCACUUUGUUUCAGGAAACACUAUGUAUGUCGUGCAGCGUCGCAUCUGGCCGCGACUGUAUGAAGUCAUCCUCAAGUCAUCGGGUGACAGAGGUCAUUAUCCACUUAUCGGGACCUAUCACACAACAAAUGGCCAGCUUCUAGGGCUGGGAACGUGGAGAAGUAGUCCUGACAGGAUCUGUGCUGUCAGUCAUGGAGGCGCGUGGAUUUGCUCAGUAUUGGAUGAGUACUCAGAGAGCUAA